AUCAGAGCCGGGCCGCGCCGGGAGGAGGAGGAGGAGGAGCCGCCGCCGCACCGGAGCGAUCGCUCUUCUCGGGGCCGGGGCGCACCGGCGGGGGGCGGCGGCGGCGGCGCUGCUUCACCCCCCCGCCCCAUCCCGCUUCCACGGGGCUCCGCCGGCUGCGAGUCCCGGAGCCCGCCCGCCCGGUCGGCGCGGCCCGCCCGCCGCCCGCCAUGCUCUCCGGAGCGCCGCCGCCGCCCGCCGGCUUCCCCAGCCCGCCGCCGCCCCAGCCGCCGCCUCCGCCGCCGCCCGCCGCUCUGCCCCACGGGCCGCCGCCGUUCCCGGGGAAGGGCGGCCUGCAGAUCCGGAAGAAUGCCAUCACGGACGACUACAAGGUCACCACGCAAGUGCUGGGCUUGGGGAUCAACGGGAAAGUUUUGGAGAUCUUCAGUAAGAAGAGCGGGGAGAAGUUCGCUCUCAAGAUGCUGCAGGACUGCCCGAAGGCCCGCAGGGAAGUGGAGCUGCACUGGAGGGCAUCGCAAUGUGCGCAUAUCGUCCGCAUCAUGGAUGUCUACGAGAACCUCUACCAGGGGAGGAAGUGUCUGCUCAUCGUCAUGGAGUGCUUGGACGGUGGAGAGCUCUUCAGCCGAAUUCAAGACAGGGGAGACCAAGCCUUCACAGAACGGGAGGCUUCAGAGAUAAUGAAGAGCAUUGGGGAAGCCAUCCAGUACCUACACUCUAUCAACAUCGCGCACCGGGAUGUGAAGCCCGAAAACCUCUUGUACACCUCUAAACGGCCCAACGCUGUGCUAAAACUCACGGACUUUGGCUUUGCUAAAGAAACCACCACGCACAACUCCUUGGCCACCCCAUGCUACACGCCGUACUACGUGGCCCCGGAGGUUCUUGGCCCGGAGAAGUACGACAAGUCCUGUGAUAUGUGGUCACUCGGAGUCAUCAUGUACAUUCUGUUAUGCGGGUACCCCCCUUUCUACUCCAACCACGGCCUGGCCAUCUCACCUGGUAUGAAGAAGCGAAUCCGAAUGGGCCAGUAUGAGUUUCCCAAUCCUGAAUGGUCCGAGGUGUCGGAGGAAGUUAAGCAGCUGAUCCGUAACCUGCUGAAGACGGACCCAACCCAGCGCAUGACGAUAACGGAGUUUAUGAACCACCCCUGGAUCAUGCAAUCCAUGCAGGUGCCCCAGACCCCGCUGCACACCAGCCGUGUGCUGAAAGAGGAGAAGGAUCUAUGGGAAGACGUGAAGGAGGAGAUGACGAGCGCGCUGGCCACCAUGCGAGUGGACUACGAACAAAUCAAGAUCAAGAAGAUCGAAGAUUCCUCGAACCCUUUGCUGAUGAAGAGGCGGAAGAAAGCGAAUCCCACUGAACCCGCUGCGCUGCCACACUGAGGGUGCCCCGUGCCCACUGGCCCUUGAGAAAGCAAUAACUAUAUAUAUAUUUUUUUUAAGAAAAAAAGACAAAAAGAGACAGACUGUUAUAUCGAGCGCAUGGAAUUCAGACAUUUUUACCAGACUAGUUAUUUUUAGCUACUCACCUGUGUUUCUGACCUUUCUGGAGCAGGUGGUAAGAUUCCCCCCGUCAGAUCCACAUGUUUCGGCCGGAGGUUUUUGUCCUGUAGGUGAACGCCGCCGAUAAUUGGAUUUUCUCUUUCGUUUGUGAAACAGUUUUGAUUUUUAUUAUUUUUUUUCCUUCCUUCCAAAGACAUGGAAAUUCCUGUGGUGACCUUUUUAGGGUAUAUAUAACAUAUAAAUAUUUUUUAAAAACUACUGUAGAGCUGAAACCCAGACAGCGUGUUCCCUGUGUGAGUGCUGGUUAGAGAUGGGCUUUGGGUUUGGGAGGGGGUCGAGGGGGGAUAGGGAGGGACAGCUGCCUUGUCCCCAUCCUACUGUGCAUGGCAGGGCUGGCACGGGGGGGUCCCCGUGGCCACCGUGCUGCUUUGCCGGCCUGGAAAACUGCUGUUUUUAAAGCAGGGUAGCCAAAAAAUAAUCCCCCCAACCCCUCCCUGACGUGGAAGCCUUGACUCUACCUGGCGGCACGUGGGGCAGGUCUGUGUGUCUGUCUGUGCGUGGGGUGUGUGUUGUGUCCGUGGGUGCGGAGCUGCUCGUGGCUCCCCCACCGUGGCUGUACCUGUGCCUGGAAUCCAGUUCUGACCUCAAGGGGGGAAAGGCGGGGGGGAUGAGCAGGAGGUCAGGACUCCCCCACAUCCCCCCCCACUCUGCAGGGACUGCCUCCCCCAGCCCUGGGGACGAUGCUGUCCUGGGGGGUCCCCAGGGAAAAGCAGGUGGUGUGGGGAGGGGGUGGCGAUGGUGUGGGGCUGUAGCUUGAGCUGGGACAGCAGCACUGUCCCCUCCCUGGCCAGGGCUGGGGGUCCUGCUGCCCCCCCACCACUGUUUGGCUCCUGUCACGGAGCUGGGAGCGAUCCUUUGCUCCUCAGAGCAGGAUGGCUGCUCUCAAGUCUUUAGUCCAUGAAUUAUUAUUAUUAUUAUUAUUUGUCAUAAUGUUUCACUGCGUUAAAUGUGUUUGAAUGGGGAAAAAACCAAUUUUUUAAGGCAAUGUUUAGUUUUUAGGAGAUCUUUUAGACACUGUAUGGAAUUGUAAUUUGUUUUAAAAACCAGUUUUUAUCCCCCCUUUUUUUUUUUUUAAUUUUUUGUCUGUUGGCUUAUACUAAUCUUCCCGCUCUGCUCUUCAGUCCUUUGGAUUAAAGACACUUAAUGCGUCA